AUGGCGAGGCCGAUGCCUUUGGAGUCCAAUUUGUCCCAGUGGAUGUGUCUGGAUUCGGGUUCCGGGGUUAUGGGGGUGUUCGAUUCGGACCAGAAGGGGUUUCAGAGGCCCAGAAACGGUUUCGUUUCGAGCAUGGAUGUUGGGCUCAUUAUGGCGUCGGAUUUAGAGACGGCUUUUGAGGUGAAGCUGGUGAACAAUCUCGGAUUAGCGAAGAAAGAGGAAUGGAAGCUGCGUUUUGCAGCUUCCAGAAGCCGCUUAUUUUUCCAAAACGCGGAGCUACAGUACCCCAUUAAUGAAUUUUUUCAAUUUACCAAAACUGCCCCCUCCUUUCUCCUUUCUCCUUCUCCCGAUCCUACACUCUGCACUCUCUCUUUCUCUAUCACAAAAAACCCUCUUCCCUCCCGCCGCUGCACCUCUUCCUCCUCCUCUUUUUCGUUUCUCUCCGUCACUCUCAACGCCACACCGCCGUCGCCUUCCAGCGAAUCAGCGGAAACAGAGUGCGAAAUCGAUGUAGACGACGAGAUCCAUGCCUGUCCGUACAAACGAAGCAUCGUGAACAACCACCGGAGAUCCGAAUACGACCUAACCGGGUCACAGAGACAGAGAAAGCAAAAUCGGAUUCAGACCCAGAUCAAAAUUCGAGAUUUAAAUGGAAGCCCAAGAGCAGAAACUAGAAAAGGUACAUCAAGCAGUACAAUGCAGUUGAGCUCUCUGCAUUGGGAAUGGGUACCGACAACUUCCAUUCCUACUCUGAUCACAAUUGCUGAGAGUCUCAAGAGCAAUGGAGUUGCUGUCGAGAAGAGCAUAAGCACCUCUACUGUUGUACUAGUAUUUGGUACAGCCAUUCCCACACCUUCAUAUGCUUAUUACUUCUCUUGCUGCCUGUGGAGACGUUCCAGUUACUAUCAAGGAUCCCGGUUGUACCAGAAAAACAUUUCCCGAUUACUUUGAAGUCCUCAGGAAGUUUACCAAGCAUUGAACAGCGGUUAUAAGAUAUAUUUAUCUGUAGAUAGGGAGAGAGAGGGAUCGUCCUUGUGCCUCUACAGCCAAAGUAGUGCAGAUGGAAGCCACACUUGUUUCAGUUUCUCUUUAUUCCCCUGUAAUUUUGGAUGAUUUGUAUUUGCGAGUUGAGCUCGUUAUUUGUAUUUGCGAGUUGAGCUCGUUAUUAAGAAAUAGAAUAGCGGCAAGUUUGAUGAAUGCAUCUAAUUAGAUUACUAUUAAGUACAUUAACAAUAUUGUAGUAAUGAAUUCUAACUAUUCAGUCUAAAAUAUUUCAAUUGAA